GAACCCGUGAGUCGACCGCGAGAUCAUUCGUCCUGAAACAACAUGAAAGAGAUCAAAGUGAAUAAUCCCGUAUCUGUGUGAAGGAAGGGUGUUGCAUUCGUACGAGUUAUAGGUACACUUAUACAUAUGUGUGAGAGUGAGAAGACCAGCAUUCUACCAUCGAUCCAUCCCCCCAAAAGCAUUUGUCUCGUUGGCUUCCUUGGGAUUUCCCGCUGAGACAGGCAUGUUUGUGGAGAGGUCUCUUCUUCAUUUGUGCCCCUGCUGCGUUUAACGAGUUUACUUCAACCUAGGGAUGAACGGGCUACUGUUCCGCGCGAUGGUCGUCGUUUUGAACGCAUAAAAACGUAAUGGCCCAAAGGUGGUUGAUGUUCUUGAUGCUGGUCUUGGCCACUCUGGUGAGAGCGGGGGGUCAGCAUGCCUCUGUCAAGUCCAAGUAUGGACAACUGGUCACAUCAUCCACGCUGACGUGGAAAUCUGUGAACACGUUUGAUAUCAAGUCCAACGCCGUCCAACUGGAGGACGCCGUCCCAAGUGGAACAAGUGGAGCAUCCAAAGACUCAGUGGUCUGCCGCGCGGAACAUCAUGGAACCGUGGUCACGGGGCGAACCAUUUCCGGAGCCUAUUGUGCCAUUGGCUUUGUCAAUAAAGUCUACAAGAAGGAAAAGUUCGACAUUUUAGUGAAUGAGGAUAAGGCGGCUAAGCUGGAAUGGACUCCUUACGGCAAGUUCUUAGCCGUGCCCGAGGGUGCCGUCGCUGGAGUGGAUAUGAACUCCAAUAGGGAUCAUCUAUUCAUUGGCAGGCAUUUGAGCAAUCAAGGCGAAUAUUUAAGUGGGGCCAUUCAAGUGCCACUUUCAUCGUACUCAUUUGGCUCAAUGGUGGCCUUCGACGACUCAGGUCGCGUACUUGAGGUGUCGAGAGGCGAUGUUAUGGUAGAGGUGGAACCCAAACGCUACGAACUGCUACUUAAGGAGAAAACGGACACCGGAUCCGGGCUUAAACCGAAAGUGACCAGGCAGGACAUUGUCUUAGCAAAGUCAUCGUUAUUCAGAUUUGAUGAAGGCAAAGAUAGGGAGGCACGUCUACAGAAGGUCCUCUCCUACGACUACGAGAAGUCGGAAUAUUACGGACAGAUUCCUGGCAUGAUUCGAGCCCUACCUGCAACCAUCAAAUUGAGCAAUGGCCAAAUCCACUCCAUCCUCUGGGGUUUGCCAGAAAAGUCCAAGCAAACAGAAACCUUGAUGGUGGGCCAUGCUCUUCGUCAUCAAACUGCUGUGGACGUAUCUGUAGUAGGUGUGCUGAUUACCGAGGAGCAUUCCUAUUCAGCUGAUCUGACCACAGUUUUUCCGGACGGUAGCCGGCAACAUCGCCAUGUUAGUGGCGUACUCCAAAGGCGAUACCUCAAUAACAUACGCCCCGAGUACAGUCGGGUUUACCGGAUCAAAGACUCCAUUAUUGUGAGUGCCAAGCCCGAUGAGUUCACUUCCAGGGCCACCCCUGUCGACGAGGGGUACUCUACUUCUUGGGGACCCCCGCAAUCGCAGCCCCAAUCACCCCACUUCAAUUCUGAAUCACAGACAUCCGACGGAUCUCGACCCAAGCCUCGAGACCUGUAUGGAAACUCCGAAAGUCAACAAGCCGUUGUAGCGCCGACCUCCGCGUCGUCUAAACUGGGUGACAAAACCUUUUUGGCCACUAAUUUGCUGAUUUUAUCAAUGACGCUCUUUUUCACAGUGUGACCGUUAUAAAAGCAAGAAGCAAAAACACGCAAUUCAAG